AUGAAACAGAUUAUAAGUUUGAGAGGAGAUACAUUAACCAUUGAGAAUUGUGUGACAAACAAAGGAGUUUCACCAAUUGUACUUGAAGGUUGUUCACUUGUGAGUUAUUUGACAGUGAGUACACCAGAAGCUACAUUUGCAGUUGGUUUGGAAGGAUCAGAUUUAUUCGAAACGAAGAGGUUUCUUCCUCGUUUUGGGGUGGUUCAAAGCGAGGAAGAAGAAGAAAAGUCCGGGUUAAGUGGAGAAGAAGAGAACAACUAUAAACAGUUGAAUGAAAAGGUGAGUAGGGUUUAUACUUGUGCUCCAAGGAGUUUCACUAUCAUUGACAGGGGAAGAAGAAACUCAGUGGUGUCGGGAACAGAAGGGUUUGAAGAAGUGUACAUGUAUAGUCCUGGUUCGAAACUUUAG